UCCCAGGCCCCAGCGUCUUGCCUAUCUCCUUGAGGCCCAUGGGAGCUGCAUUCUCCCCAACUCCAGAACCCUGCAUGGGUGGUAGGACCCCAUUUUUCAUUGGUUGAGUGACCUGGGAAGACCAAAGGAGCACAUAUCAAACAGCAGUCUGAGGGCCUGGUGCUGAGAAGGAGCUGAUAGAAGUGGGCACCAGCUAUUGGAAGCCCCUGCGAGAGAUUAGCAGGGGAAGGAGAUAUAAAGAAAAUUCAGAAUGCUGCUUUACCAUCUAGAGGAAGCCAGAAACAGUGCUGUCUGAAAUGAGGAACCAGGUGGCCAUAUUUGUGUCUGGCAAAUGAAGUCCACGGGAGCCGAAGCCGCGCGCAGCCAUGAUUAGUGCUGGCUCAACACUGUCACGGCCUUGGCGCCGUUAAUGUAACGUUAGUGCUCUUCUGGCUGACCACCUCUCAAACCAGCGAUUCCAGGGUUUCCCUGGCCUCUCGGUUUUACAUGCCGAAGCUGGGAAAGCCUAAAGCGAACAAAGUGACAAGACCCGGAAGUUGUGAGGACCUCCGAGCACGUGAUGGGGGACCCGCUGGUGAUGUCACGUGACCAGCCAACCAGUUCCCUUUUGCGGCCUGUUCGGCUGCUCUUAAAGACCCUUCUCCGUCCCAUCCGAGCCAAGUCUGAACUUUCGCUGACUUUGGACCCCUCGGGGGACGUGAACUUGAUGCCAUGGGAGGCUGUGCAGGCUCGUGGCGGCGGCUGUCGGAUUCUGAGAGAGAGGUGUCCGACCCGGAGCCUCGGCCCAUUGUGCUGGACCGGCAGGGCGCCCAUUGGAAGAACGCGAUGGGCUUCUGGCUCCUGGGCCUUUGCAACAACUUCUCUUAUGUGGUGAUGCUCAGUGCUGCUCAUGACAUCCUUAGCCACAAGAGGACACCAGGGAACGAAAGCCAUGUAGAUCCAGACCCAGUUCCCACCCCCCACAAUAACUCAUCUCGAUUUGACUGCAACUCUGUCUCCACAGCUGCGGUGCUCCUGGCAGACAUCCUCCCCACGCUCGUCAUCAAAUUGCUGGCUCCUCUUGGCCUUCAUCUGCUGCCCUACAGCCCCCGGGUUCUCGUCAGCGGGGUUUGUGCAGCUGGAAGUUUCAUCCUGGUUGCCUUUUCUCACUCAGUGGGAACCAGCCUGUGUGGUGUGGUCUUGGCUAGCAUCUCAUCAGGCCUGGGAGAGGUCACCUUCCUCUCACUCACCGCCUUCUACCCCAGUGUUCUUCUUCUCAGGGCUGUGAUCUCCUGGUGGUCUUCAGGUACCGGGGCGGCAGGGCUGCUGGGGGCAUUGUCCUACCUGGGCCUCACCCAGAUUGGCCUCUCCCCCCAGCACACCCUGCUGUCCAUGCUGGGUAUCCCCGCCUUGCUCCUGGCCAGCUAUUUCUUUUUGCUCGCGUCUCCUGAGCCCCAGGGCUCUAGAGGGGAGGAAGAGGCAGAGAGGGCAGCCCGGCAGCCCCUGAUGAGCAGCGAGGCCCCAGAGCAGCAGUCGAAGCCAGACUCCAGCUCAAACCUCUCUUUUCAUGAAAAGUGGACAGUGUUCAAGGGCCUGCUGUGGUACAUCAUCCCCUUGGUCCUGGUUUACUUUGCUGAGUAUUUCAUCAAUCAAGGACUUUUUGAGCUCCUCUUCUUCCGGAACACGUCCCUGAGUCACCCUCAGCAGUACCGCUGGUACCAGAUGCUGUACCAGGCCGGUGUCUUUGCCUCCCGCUCUUCUCUUCGCUGCUGUCGCAUCCGCUUCACAUGGGCCCUGGCCCUGCUGCAGUGCUUCAACCUGGCCUUCCUGCUCGUGGACGUGUGGUUGAGCUUCGUGCCGAACAUCUACCUCAUCUUUGUGAUCAUUCUGUACGAGGGACUCCUGGGUGGUGCUGCCUAUGUGAACACCUUCCACAACAUUGCCCUGGAGACCAGUGACAAGCACCGGGAAUUUGCCAUGGCAGCCACCUGUAUCUCCGACACCUUGGGGAUCUCCCUGUCGGGGCUCCUGGCGCUGCCUCUGCACGACUUCCUCUGCCAUCUCUCCUGACACCGGCCUUCUUGGAACACAGGAUGCACUGAUAGGUGCGCAGGUCAGGCCCCAGGCCCACAGGCCAGAGCCCAUCCAUGAGCUCUGCCCCUGGACUUCCCUGCACGCCUGGGCUGUAGAGAAGCGCUGAGGUUCCAUUUUCCUUUGAGGAAGGGGCAGCAGCUUUCUGCCACUCCACGUUCAUCUUGGGGACCUUCUUGACAUUAUGCCCUCAGAAUA